AUGGCGGUCGCGCCCCCCUCGGAGCCGGUCCUGAUCGCGACGUCCGUCGCGCUCGCGGUGCUCACCGUCGCGUUUUACGUCUCGCGCGCCGUCGCGGGUUUCCUCUACGGCGUCGCGCGAUGGCACCGCCAGGCGUUCGUGCUGAGACACACGCCGACGGCGCCAGGGUACGUCCCUCUGAUCGGACACACGAUCGCGCUGUUCAGAGCCGUCGGGAACUACCCGUGCACGUGGGACCUCUUCGCGAUGUGGGCGACGGCGACCGCGCCGAAGCCGGCGCGCGUGCAGAUAUUCGACCGCCACUGCGUCGUCAUCGCGGACCCGAGCACGAUGAAGCGAGUCAUGGCGACCAACUUGAAAAACUACCAGAAGGACCUGGAGUUUUCGUACGCGCCGUUCCUGGAGAUCCUCGGCACCGGCCUCGUCACGAGCGGCGGCGAGACGUGGAGGAAGAUGCGCGGCCACAUCAGCAAAGCGCUCCGCGUGGAAAUCCUGGACGACAUCAUCGCGAUCGCGACGCGCGCGGUCGAGCGACUCUGCGUCAAGCUCGACGCCGCAAAGGCGUCCGCGGCGGCCGUGGACAUGGAGCAAGAGUUCCGCCUGCUCACGCUGCAAGUCAUCGGCGAGGCGAUCCUGUCGCUGUCGCCCGAGGACAGCGACGAGCUGUUCCCGUCGCUGUACCUGCCCAUCAUGGACGAGUGCAACGCGCGGUCGCUGUCGCCGUGGAGGGCGUGGAUCCCGACGCGCGAGUGGUUCGCGCAUAAGGCGCGUUCUAUACACUGGUUCCCAUACGAUCGCGUUGGCGUGGUGAACGCCUCGCGCGUGCGCGAGCUGGACGACGCGAUCAUCUCCAUCGUCCGCGCGCGGUGGCGGAAGAAACAGGCGGGGGAGGACGUCCCGGACGACGUCUUAGAGCGCGUUCUGGAGCAAGUCCGCGAGGACGAGUACGGCGCCGACGUCGAGACGCAGCUGUGUUUCGAGAUCAAGACGUUUCUCCUCGCCGGGCACGAGACGUCCGCGGCGAUGCUCACGUGGACGCUGCACGAGCUGUCCAAGGCGCCGGACAUGAUGCGAGAGGUGAAGCGGGAGAGCGACAGGGUGUUUGGGAGAACGCGGAAAGGGUCGUUGCCGACGCGCGAUCAGCUCGCGAGCAUGGAGUACACCCUGGCGGCGUUUAAAGAGACGCUGCGAUUGUAUUCCGUCGUCCCGGUGGUGACUCGGGUCGCGGUGGAGGACGACGAGCUGGGCGGGACGCGCGUGCCCGCGGGGACGACGGUGAUCAUGUCACUGCAGGGCGUGCACCACCGCGCGGAUCUUUGGCCGGAGCCGCUGAAGUACGACCCCGCGAGGUUCGUGAAGGCGGACGAGAACGACGAGAUGAGGGACUUCAAGUUUUUGCCAUUCAUCCAGGGGCCGCGGAAUUGCUUGGGGCAGUAUCUCGCGCUGUUGGAGGCGCGCGUCGUGCUCGGCACGCUCGUGCGGCGGUACGCGUUCGCGCCGUCGAAGGCUCAGGGGAAGAAGCACACGAAGGCGAUCCCGAUCGCGCCCGCGAACGGGAUGCACUUCACCGUGAGUUAG